AUGAGGAAGAUGAAACCGAAACGGCGCUCAACCUUUUCACCAGCAAGUGUGGAGACAACGUUAAAGUCGCCGCGCCCAAAAAGGAAAAGAUUCGAUUCAACAUCACCACAACGUCGCAAAUCUUCUAACAGCAGCGAUGAAGUCAAACCUCCUCCUGAAUUUAUACCAUUUCCGUACGAGAAACUAUGUCCGAAAUUCCGCGAUUUGUUCGGGAAAAACGCGGAGGAUUUUACUCUUGAGAAGGAUGACUUGCUCGUACUCCAACAUGAACUAGAGAGAAUGUUGGCCCAUUCUGCCGAUUACCUGAGGCGAGCUCACGGCGAAGUGACCUACCUCAACACUGGAGAAUACCCUGUCCAAGAUCUCAGAACGAGACCCAUGCCGUCUUACAAGUUGCGCGAGACCCUUCCGUUAUCACCCACAACGACCCAAGAGAUGCAGGACACAUUAUGCGGCCUUCCUGAAGAUGACACCGAAGAUAACGUGGACAUAUGGCCACCGCAUCAUAUUCCACAACGGUUUUGGACAUGGUGUAAGUCUGACUUCCUGACACCAAUUGACGCCGAUUAUCUCAAAGACUUCAAGCUGUGCCUCAUCGAUAAGUACAGUGCAGAGGAAUUGAAGGAGUAUUAUGUCAAUGAACCUUGGAAACAUCGGAAGCGACAGCGGUCGCGCAUUGCUUCUGGUGACGCAACAUGCCCACGCACCAGAAGGAAAUCUAGCAUCGAUGGUCCUUCCGCUGAAAAGAAACAGGAACACAAAAAGGAAAAGGAGGAAAAGAAAGUUCCUUCAACUUCGUCACUUCGCCCAACACGGAUAUCCGACUCAAAGUUAGCACCACUGAUCAGUGAUGUGGUUUGUGCAGCGAGCAGAGAAAUGCGCAAAGAGGAAUUCACUACGCCUGUUCGUCGACUUUCGCUUAGGCUGCAUUCUCGCGAUGACGGUGAAGAUGAAAGAAAAAUUUCCGUCAAAAGCGAGCCAUCCGAUUUGAGCAAUCAUGAUACUAAUGACGGAGUGUCAGUUGAUGUAGUUCAGUCGAAUGGGAUUACACAGCGAUCACCAAUAAGUUCUCGAUUGCAUUCUCCAAGGAUCAAAAAAGAAUCGAGAGAAGAGAUGGAUGACUAUUGGGACCGUCCAGGACCCAGCAACGCUCACACACUUCCUAAUGGAAAAUGCAAUGGAGAACUCAAGAGCAGGCUGAAGCGUAAUGGAGAGGUCGACGAGCAAGCACAACCAGGCUUAGUGCGUACAUGUAAUAGUCAAUGGGAAACGUUUCGCACUUCAUUACUAGGUUUACGUUUGCGACGGGUGUCGCGCGUAUCAGUUUGUAUUAUGCCGAUACGCUUUCUCUUUGGCUUCGUGGAUAUACUCAACAACUCAUUUACAAAAGUAGAAAAUGGUGUCCAAUCAAAUUCGCCCUCCAAAGUGUUUUCUCCAUCGUCAUCUGCCGUAUCAAGUGUUUCUGAGGAGAACGAAAUCGAACGGCAUUACCGAGAAAUUGGAAGUCGCAUUGUCAAAAUGCUCGUUGAAAGAGGAUUAAUACCUUCGUCAACAGAACACGUCUAUCGUGAAAUUGCAACAAGUUCGGUGGAACGCGACUUAGUUGUCAGUCACGAAGGGAAAGAGGAUGAUGAUGACUCAGACUUGGAUGAAGUUUCGGAGGAGCUCCUCAGAUGUCAAAUGGAACUGCAAGAGUUAGAGCCAAGACUAAGAGGCGUAGUAUCUCACUGUUGGAGCAAAGUUCGCGGAGACUUCGCUUACUGGGAGACUGCAAAGCAGUUGGAUGAUGCUGACACUGAUUUGUUUCGAUUGGGUGUCAACAUGUAUCGUGAUCUUCCUACUCGUCGUGUACCUACAAAUACCGAGCUGCCUACUUUACGGGCUGCACUUCGAAGGCGCAAUCGCAAAGCUCGGCAACACUAUGCAAGACUUGAAGUAUCGCUGGAACUGCCCACCGACGUCAUGUGUAGUCAGAUCUCGAUAGUGACAGUAACAGUUCAUCGUCAGUUCACCGUGACGGAACGAAGAGUUGUUGCUAAGGGUUCCGUGCUCCUAGGCACUUGA